AUGAAUGAACCAGGACCCUCCCGUGUUGAGAAAUCACGUCCGGCUAAGGCAUGCAACACCUGCCGACGAAAGAAAGUCAAAUGCGAUGGAAAACGGCCAAUUUGCUCGUCAUGCAUGAUCUUCAAGCUUUCGUGCGGCUUUGAAGAUGUCGGGAAACAUUCUAGUCGCUCAAGUAAGGCGUACAUUGGCGAACUAGAACAGCGUCUCAGACAGAUGGAGGAUCGAUUGCAGCGACUCAGCCGAGGUGAGAAGGUGCCUCAACACGCAAUUCAUGCUUCGCGGCCUCCUGGUGUGGCUGCAGGUCCUGGAGAAGAAGGAGAAGAAGAAGAAGAAGAAGAAGCAAACGUCCUUCUUCGAGCCCAGUUUCCAGAUGGUGAAGCCGUCCAGACAGGCCAAAACACAUCCGAUCAGCCAUCUUACUUUCUUCGAGGGCAGAAUGGCAGAAUGCGCUUCUACGGAGCAUCUUCCGGAUUCAGUGCGCAUUAUUCUGGAAAAUUGACCUCCCAGAGGGACAAACAACCAAAGGUUGGCCUGGAAAAUGUGGCCCGACCCAGUAAUUUCCAAUGGCCAUUGACAAACUGGAUUCCCCGAAUUCUCCGAGACGACUUUGGGCACCGUACCACUCACCCUCUACCGACGAGGGAAGCUACACUGACCUUAGUGACCGAGUUUCUUGCUAACUUCAAUCACACUAUUCCGUUGGUGGAUGCUUCAUCACUACUGCGUUUGAUGGAGCGGCAAUUUUCCUGGAAUCCGGACGAUAGUCCAUCAUCAUGGGCCUUGAUCAACGUUGUGAUUGCUUUUUCCUACAGAGAGAGGGCACAAGCAUGCGUCGACCCGAGUGGUGAUUGGAAGAAGUCAUUGAGCCACGUCAAAAACGCAUUGAAUGUGGUAGUGGACCUAUUCCUUCGCAAUGCAGAUCUCCCUGCCGUACAGGGACUACUGGGAUUGGCUCUUUACUUCCAGGGAACGCCGAACGCACAAGCCCUGUAUAUGCUUGCGGCGUCGGCUAUGCGCCUGUCGCACUCUAUUGGAUUACACAGAAACGCCACUUCUGGCUUUACCCAAGCUGAGAUCGAAGAGAGGCGGAGAACGUUCUGGAUAUCAUUCGUUUUGGAUGCUGAUAUUUCCCUGCGCGUUGGACGCCCACCGGUUCAGGACAUGGAGGACUAUAAUAUACCAUUGCCUGCUGAGAUACCCUACGAUGGUCGAGGUACCAUUUCUAUCGACGGGACUUCAGUUAACUUCUUUCGCCUGCUCGCUCAAUUUGCAAUAGUCCAAAGGCGUGCCUAUCUGCAUAUUCAAACUGUCCUCGUUACUCAACAACCCAAAGAGAUAGCUUUCAAGUCGGCCAAGGCUUGCGAAGAAGCUCUGCUGUCGUGGAAAAGGUCAACUCUAGAUACAAUUCAACCAGAGCACAUAUUCGCUGCUAAACCUGACCACUCCCAGCAACACCUUCUUCGUUUACAACUUGCUUAUCACUCUUGCUAUGCGAAUCUUGGUCACAUGUCCCUCGUGACUUCAUACCUUCCCAAUAAAGAGUCACAGGAGUGUACAAGAGAGAUCGACAGAGAGAUAAGUGCGCUUUGUCUGCGCGCUAAUGAGUCGGCGCGCUCUGCAUUAGCUUUGCUUCCGUAUGUUCGUUUGCUCGGACCCAACUACAGAUGGAACGUUAUCUACUUCUUCCCCAUUGCAUGUGUGGCAUUAGCUCAUGAAAUAUGCCUCCAUCCUACCCAUCCACAUUCCAAUGAGGACCUCGCCAUGAUUCAUGAAGCAACAGCAUUUCUCACAACUGUUUCAAAUGAAGAACCCGGCACAUUUGUUGACUUCAUACUGAGCGUGUGUUCCGAAAUCGAAUGCUCUGCUAGACGCGCCCUGCAACAAGUACGAAGUGAUCAUAUUCGGUCACCAGCAGCAGGUGCUGAUGAGGAUGCUGUUGACCUAGCCACCGACCUGUCUGGACGCGAACGCCCUGCGGACCACACCGAUAACAGCGCCUUCAAUGACGAACUUGACUUUCUCAAUAACGCAAAUCUUGGUUAUCUUAAUUCGCAGUGGUCAAUACCUCCUUUUUGGAAUUGGCAAGAUAUAUUUGUUGGCGCGCCAUUUUCUCCUGAUACGGACCGAGGGAGAGCUAGUGGAUCGAAUUGA